GCGACCGAAGGAUGUUCGCGCAUGGAUGGCGCGUCGGGCUUCGUCACCGCCGCAGCCUUGACCAAGCGCCUGGUGAGGUUGGGUAGCUCUGGCCGAUGGAGGCAAGCACUAAAGGAGCUCUCAGGCGCCGGGCUCCGGGUGAAUGUGGUCCACUUCAAUGCGGCUGCCCGGGCAUGCGCCGGAGAGCUGGGGGCCUGGGAGAACGCGCUGCAGCUGCUCCGGGGGAUGGCAGAGGUUGGAGUCGAGGCGGACAAAGUGGGCUACAGCACUGGUUUGAGCAACUGCGGCGCGCAGCUGGAAUGGCGGCAUUCGCUGCAGCUGCUGCAGGAGGCUCCCCGGGACGCAGUGACGUGGGCAUCGGCCGCCAGCGCCUGCGAGCGCAGCCGCCAGUGGCCCCAAGCCCUGGCCGCCUGCGCCUCCGCCGGCGGUUCACUGGGCGCAGUGGACGCGGUGCUGCAGGGCGCCGCCGCGGCGGCCGCCGGCGCGGGAGGCGUCUGGGCCGGGGCGCUGCACUUGUGCAACGGUCUCCGCGUGAACGUGAUUUGUCUCACCACCGCCGCCAGCGCCGCCUCGCGCGCCAGCCGCUGGCGCGCGGCUCUGGCCUUGGGCGCCGUUUGCCGCGGCGCCGCGCCGCGGCACGCGGCGAUGGCGGCGCGGGGCGGCUGGCGGAGCGCUGGGGAGCUGCUGAGGAGCUUCGGUGGGCUGCAGCUGCGGCGGGAGGCCAUCGGCUUCAACGCCUGCCUCACCGCCGUGGGCCUGGUGGGUCACUGGCCGCAGACGGCGGCGCUGCUGGCGGAGAUGAGAGGCGUAGCCGUGGUGCCUACUGAGGCGAGUGCGAACACCGCCGCAGCGGCAUUUUCACAAGCAGGUUGCUGGCCACGCACAGUGCGGAUGCUGCAGCACAUGACCCCGGCCCUGGCGGCAAGCGAAGCGCUGGCAGUUUGUGAGCAGGCAGGGCGCUGGGCCGAGACCUUGGCGCUGCUGCGCUGCGGCGGCGCGGUGCGCCUGACCACCGCGGCCUUGGCCCAAGCCGCGCGGAGCUGUACAGUUGCACGGCGCUGGCGUUGGAGUCUGGUGGUGCUUGCUGGCCUCGUGCACGGCUCUUCGGAACGGCUGCGACGGGCCUGGCCGGCGCUGGACACCUCGAACUUGACUGCGGAGGAGCUCACACAGAUGGCAUGGAUGGGAGCGCAGCUGAGCCGGUUCACUCCCGCAUGGGCAAACGUGGCCGAGGCGCUGGCGCCCCAGCUGCCGCAGCUGCCCUUGCCAGAGCUGGGCAGGGCCCUGUGGUCCUUUGGCACGCUGGCGGUAGCCAGCCCCGGCUUUCUCAAGGCUGCUGCAGCAGAGGCGGCGGCGCGGCUUCGAGGCGGAACGGAGGUAACGCCGCGCAUACUGGCGGACCUUUCCUGGGGCUUUUGCAGCCUGGACUUUCACGAGGCUUCUCUCUACUUGGAGCUGCUGGAAGCUGCGGGCAGGCUCGUGGGCUCCCUCAGCCUUGCCCAGCCUCGGUUGGCGCUCAUGGACUUCGCCCGCAAGAUGCUGGUGGUCCUGUGGGCGUCCAGCCUGUGCGUCCCGGUCCCUGCCGGCAUGCUUCGGCUUCUGCGGCUUCAGCUCGGCCGAGUGGGGAAGGAGCUGGGCCAGACGCAGGACGGUGAGGUUUCUCGUGCAAGAGCAGGCCCAGGCAAUGGCGAUGCUCCACGCAUUGUGCUGGACUUGCCCGACAGGCUGGUGCUGCAGAAGCCGCAGGGUUGGCAGGCCCGGGCGCCGGGCGCCCACACUUCAAAUAGCGUGCUGCUGCGAUGCUUCGGCAAGGGCGGGGACCUCUCGGUGGUGGUGGAGGCCGAGGACGGCGCUGUGGCCGCGGAGUUCCAGGUCUGGUCCUGCCUGCUGCGGGAGUGGUCGGAGGUCUUCCGGGCCAUGCUGAACCCCGAGCACGGCUUCCAGGAGCAGCAGCAGGCCAAGUUAGUCAUCCGGGAGUUCUCUGCAGGCGCCGUUGAGAGCUGCCUCAGGUUCCUGUACUCGGGCCGGCUGGAGGCUCAUGGGGAGAUGUUGGUGGAGGUGUGCGUGCUGGCGGACAAGUACAGCCUCUCAGAGUUGCAGAGGGUCGCAUGUAGGCAACUGAACCAAGAGAUGACGGCUGUGGAUGCCUGCCGCUUGUGUCAGUUCGCCACCCAGUGCGGCUCGGCGCAGGCCAAGCAAGUCGCCAUGGAUUUGAUCAUGCGUGAGCCACAGGAGGCGCUGCCUUUCGCCCACCUGCUGGGCCCGCAGCUCCUGGAUGAGAUCCUGGACAGCGGGGCCCUGUGCAUCGAGCCCGGGGAGCUGCUGCCGCUGAUCCUGACGUGGGGUUUGCCUGGGGAGCACUGCUUGGACGUGAAGGCCAUCCUGGAGAAGACCUACGUGCAGCGAGAGGUGGCUGCAUUGGAGGACUCCCAGUUCGCGCAGCUGCAGCCAUUGGCAUCGGAGGUGCAGUGCUGGGAGAUCCUGCAGUCUUGCCGCCAGAAGUGCAAACGUGGCGAGCAUACAACUGAUGCUCUGUACACGCUGUGGGAGCGCUAUGAGACUGCAUUCCCAGAGGACCUUCCGGAGCGGCCGCCCUUCUUGGGCUAUUGGGUGAACGUCAUCCCCGGCACCCCGAGGUUCGGCUCCGGCGCUCCUCUGCCCAUGUCCGACAUGGGCAUACGAGGCGCCAGCAACGCGCUCUUGUACCUCGAGCGCCUGGCGCGCAACGACGAGGCGAGCUUGAACCUGGCGGAGAACGACUGGCUGGAGUGGAUGCUGCCCAACUUCCAGCUGCAUCUCGAGGGCGUGUCCUUCGGGGACAGCGCUCGGGUCUCCGCGCUGGAGAGGGUGGAGAUGUUCGUCUCCAUGAGCGGCACCUCCUGGGACCGUGUGCUGGACUCUCAGGCCUGGGUGCAGCGCCACGGGCCGAUCUUGCAGGGCGAGGUGAUCCCCUGCCGCAGCAACGGUCCGGUGAGGUGGUUCCGGCUUUGCAUGCGGAAGGGCAGCCUGGAGGGGGAGUUCUGCCUCCAGGGGAUCCUGCAGAGCAUCGGCAAGCCGUCCGCGUAG